AUGGAGGAUGUUAAAACGCCUUUACUGUUCGAGAUUGAUCGCUACUCGGAGAAAGAUUCAUCAGCAAACAUAUGGUUAUCCAAGAAGACCACUGUCAAAGAAAGUGAUGUAACCAUGAAGGAUCUUUUUGCUAUAUACAAGGAGGAGUUCAAGAGAAUGAUAGCUGACAUGAAAAAUCCAAGCACUGUCAAAGAAGGUGAUGUAACCAUGAAGGAUCUUUUUGCUAUAUACAAGGAGGAGUUCAAGAGAAUGAUAGCUGACAUGAAAAAUCCGACCACUGUCAACAAAGAUUAUGUAACCAUGAAGGAACUUUUUGCUAUAUAUAAGGAGGAGUUCAAGAGAAUGAUAGCUGACAUGAAAAAUCCAAGCAUUGUCAAAGAAGGUGAUGUAACCAUGAAGGAUCUUUUUGCUAUAUACAAGGAGGAGUGGAAGACAAUGAAAGCUGAUAUGAAGGAAACAGUUCACUGGUUGAAAGUAAGAGUUGGAUUUGCUGAUGUUGGCUGUACCUUAUGGAAUUCAAUGGCUGAGGAGACGUCUGCAGCAUACCAUAGUGCUGGAGAUGAAAGUGUCAUAUGCCUUCUAAGGUUUUCCAAAAUCAGGGAAUUCAAAGGUGUUAAAAGUGUUUCAAACGCAUUCUCAACCAGCCUCCUGCAAAUAAAUCCAAACCAUCCUGAAAUUGAAGAGUUCAAGGAACUACUUCUAGAUGAUGGGUUGGCUCUCACCCUUGCAGAGAGCAUACCACAAUCUAUGAAGAAACCCAAUAAUGAAAUCACAUGA